UAUAUUUUUGUACAACAACAAAAGAAAUUAGAAAAAAUGUCAAAAUUAUUGGCUAUUCCGUUGAAAAAGCCAUCCGAAGUGGAUGUAGUGAAGCCUCUGAACAAUUUGAUACAAAGCACCUACAAUGGUGCUUCAGCGGAGGAGAAGUCGCAGUAUGCUGAGGCAGUAAAUGACUUUUCAAAGCAACGCAAUACGGCGAUUUGGAAGUUCUUCGAGAAGUAUGAGGCUUCGCUGGAAGUCGUUUAUGCCUACUACGAUCAGAUAUGUGCACUGGAAACAAAAAUUGCUGCCAGUGAGCUGCAAAUACCGUUCAAGUGGAAAGAUGCCUUCGACAAGGGCUCAAUUUUCGGUGGCAAAAUAAGCUUGACUCAUACCUCAAUUCUGUUCGAGAAGGUAUGUGUGCUAUUCAACAUUGCUGCCUUGCAAAGCAGUGUUGCUGCCAGCCAGCACCUGGACACAGACGAGGGCCUCAAGCUCGCCAUUAAGCUGCUGCAGCAGAGUGCAGGCAUCUUUCAGUACCUGAAAGGUGCCACGCCCGCCGCAGUGCCAUCGGAACCUACUCCGGACUUAAGCCAGGACACGCUGAUUGUGCUGCAGGCAUUGAUGGUGGCCCAAGCUCAGGAAGUAUUCAUCCUCAAGGCCAUUAAAGAUAAUAUGAAGGAUCAGAUCAUUGCCAAGCUGUGCUGCCAGGGCGAAGAGUUCUAUGCGGAUGUGCUGCGUGCUAUGCAAAAGGAGUCGGUGCGCAAUGUUUGGGAGAAGGAAUGGAUACCCACAGUAGCUGGCAAACAGGCUGGUCUGCAUGCACUCACCCAGCUCUAUCAGAGCUUGGCUUGCCGUGCGGCCAAGAAGAUUGGCGAGGAGAUUGCCCGCCUGCGCAAUGCCAUCGAACUGUUCAAGGCGGCACAAACACGUGGCGGCAACGAGAGCUACUUGGAUGAGUAUUUCAGUCGUGCAAAGCGCAAUCUGGCCGAGUCCACCAAGGACAAUGAGUUCAUCUACAAUGAAAUGAUACCGGAGCUCAGCACUUUGGCCUCGCCUGGCAAAGCGCAGUUAGCAAAGCCGCUCCCGAUUGGAGUCCCCAUGGCUAGCAACUUUAAGGACAUCUUCACCAAUCUGGUGCCUGUUGAGCUGCAUCGUGCGCUGACCGCAUCGGAUAUGCGUAAGAACGAGAUUGUCAAUGGCGAAAUCAUGAAGUUGCGCGAAUCUACGCAAACUUUGAAUGCUGUGUUGGCUAGCCUUAAUUUGCCGGCUGCUGUUGAGGCCACAGAUAGCAACAGUGGCUUGCCACCAUCGUUGCGCGAGAAGGCGACCGAGGUACGUGAGAAGGGCGGCAUUGAGAAUAUACAGACCAUGUUGAAGGAUUUGCCCGAGUUGCUCAAUCGCAAUCGUGAGAUUCUCGAUGAGACUGAACGGUUGUUGGAUGAGGAACGCGAUUCGGACAAUCAGUUGCGUGCUCAGUUUAAGGAGCGCUGGACUCGCAUUAGUUCUGAUAAGCUGACGGAAAUGUUCCGCACCAAUUCAAAGAAAUAUCGCGAGGUGAUCAACAAUGCCAUCGAGGCCGAUAAGGUGGUGCGUCAGAAGUUCGAGGCAAAUCAAAAGGGCAUCGAGCUGCUCUCCCUGCCGCCCGAACAAAUACAGCAGUCAUUGCCCUCGGCCAGUGGCAGUGUCGAUCAAAGCUGCUCUAGUGUGCAGCGUUUGAAGCAACUAAUGGAAGCUGUGGAUACCAUUAAGGCAGAACGCGAUGCUGUCGAAUCCGAACUCAAAUCGGCCACGUUCAACAUGAAGGAUGAGUUCUUGCAUGCCCUGCAAAAGGAUGGAGCCAUCGAUGAGCCCGCCUUGUCUCUAGCACGCAUUGGCCAGACCUUGAGUCCAUUGCAGGCUCAAGUGAAGGAGAGCGUGGAGCGUCAGCAAACUUUGGUGGCGGACAUUCAAAAUGCGCACGGCACCUUCGUCUCCGAGACGGGCAAUUGUGGCAGCUCACGCGAUAAGCUGUAUCAGGAGUUGGCCACGGCAUACGAUAGCUACAUCGAGUUGUCGGGCAAUCUGCAGGAGGGCACCAAAUUCUACAAUGACCUCACACAGCUGCUCGUUGUUUUCCAGAACAAAAUCAGUGAUUUUGUGUUUGCACGCAAAACUGAGAAGGAAGAAUUGCUCAAGGAUCUGACCACAGAAUCCAGCCGCCAGGCUCCACCAGCCACACCGGCAUUGCCAUCACACUACGCCUCAACCUCGGGCAGUGGCAGCGACAUUCCAAGCACACCUGCUAGUGCUCCAGGUGCACCGCCAGCUAUGGCACCACAACAAGUGCCGUAUCCAGCCCAAGUGCAUAUGCCGGUGCCAUAUGGCGCAUCCGCAAAUGUGCCGUAUCCCACCUACGUGCCACCUCCCAUGCCGCAGAGCUUUAAUCCCUAUGCCACAUUGCCAUACCCAGGCAAUUAUCAAUAUGCUGGUGGCUUCCCUCAGGGACCUCCGCCAGGCAGCUAUGGCACCUAUCCCGGCAGUUAUGCCAAUCAACAUGGAGGUUACCCCAACCAGAAGCCACCCGGCUGGUAGAUGUCUAACUCCCUCCCACACCAUAUGCACUGUGUUUAGCCCAGCAGCUGUACUGCAAAUAUGUUAAUCGUGAAUCUAGAUUCUAUAUGGAAACCAAAUUGGCAAUGGCAUUUGAUGCGCUCUCCAUUUUGGUUUUUAUUUAUUGUUUGAAAUUGUAUGAAACAAACCAGGUUGAAUUAUUCUCGGAUUUUAUUCUCUAAUCUCAUAUGCGUAUCACAAAAUAAACGUUCCGUUCAUUUAGCGCUAUAA